AUGUCUUUCAUAGCUGGUCCAGCCAGGAAAUCGCAAGGGAAUGUUGUUCCGACAUAUAGACACCUACUUUCGCCUCAAGCCCUAACACCAGCUAAUCCUUUGAGGUCCAUCGCCCAUUGUGAUAUAGAUGCCGCUUAUGCUCAGUUUGAGCAAGUUCGACUUGGUAUACCGGACGAGGUCCCUCUGAUCUGUGCCCAAUGGCAAUCCAUCAUUGCUGUCAACUACCCAGCGCGCAAAUUCGGCAUCAAAAGAUUUACAUCUAUAGACGAUGCCAAAAAGAUGUGCCCCCACCUUGUUGUCCAGCACGUUGCUACCUACCGGAACGGCGAGGCCGAAGCCGGCUAUUGGGAGAAUGUCGAUUCGCGCACGCAUAAAGUCAGUCUCGAUCCUUAUCGUCGGGAGAGCUCGAAGAUAUUGGCCAUUUUCAAGGAGAUGAUACCGAAAGGGGAAGUGGAGAAGGCGUCUAUCGACGAGGCAUUUCUUGAUCUUACACCCAUGGUCCUAGAGCGACUCCUCAUCGAACACCCUUACCUAGCGAUUGUACCCGAAGAUGCCCCAAACGGCAUGGAUUCUCCCCUCCCACCACCACCUCCCAUCGACUGGAACAAAGCUGGCACCGUUUUUCCCAAAGACGGUAAGGAGCAUGAUGAUGGCGAAGAAGGUGAAGUGACCAGCGAGGAUGGCGAAAGAGUGCGCGGAGUCAGAGACACGUGGGAGGACUGGGCACUGUGCCUCGGGGGGCAGCUCAUGUCAGAAGUGCGUGGAGAAGUGUACAACAGGCUGCAUUACACGUGUACAGCUGGCAUUGCGCAUAAUAAAUCACUGGCCAAGCUUUGCUCGGCCUGGAAGAAGCCAAAUAAUCAAACCAUCUUGCGUUCUGCGGCGGUCGCUGCUUUUCUGCGUGACAGGGAAUUCACGGAUAUCCGAUCCCUUGGAGGCAAGCUUGGAGCCGCAAUCGCGCAAGAAUUCGACGUCACGACCGUGGGCGAUCUGCUCACCGUACCUCUUGAUACUCUGCAGAAAAAGUUCGGGGAAGAGAGCUUAUGGAUAUACAACGUCGUGAGAGGCAUCGACCUUUCCGAAGUCAAGGAGCGAGUGGCUACCAAGUCGAUGUUGGCCAGUAAGAACAUCCGGCCAUCAGUGACUGCUCCUUCACAAGGCUAUCAUUGGCUUUCUGUCCUAGCUGGAGAGCUCAAUGUCCGCUUGAGAGAGUCGAGAGAAGUUGCCCCUGGUCUAUGGCCAAAGACACUGGUACUUGGGACGAGGCAAGGUUUCGAGGCACCUCGGUCUCGCCAAGCGCCCUUCCCCUUUACCCGCAAUCUCUCUACGGAGUAUAUCCUUAAGUAUGCUCAUAAGCUAUGGGAAGAAGCGACGCAGCCCAUGAACAAGGGUAAUAUGAAGCUUAAUAACAUCGCGUUAUCAUUCACAGGUCUGGAGAAGCUGGAAGAAGGCCAACAAGGCAUUGAAGGUUUUUUUUCGACUGCAAAGGCAGUGCCAAAAUCUGCAAAAGCCGAUCCAGAUUCUUUGUCUACAUCGUCGGGGCCUCCAGACGCCAGCCUUUCAGCUAAAAGAGCUCACUCACCAGCUCCCUCAGCCGACCCUGUUCACAAAAAGCCACGCCUGCCUAAGCUCCAUGCUGUAGAACCAAAGACAUCCCUUCAGGCUUUCCUCGCCAAGGCAGGGCCUUCUUCCGCCAAACCGCUCCCAUCUUUAUCAAGGACCUCGUCUUACUCGGAUCGCGAGGAACGUCCAUCCACAGAAGCGCCAGAGGUCUUUGUCGUAGACGACUCUGAUGACGAGGUAGAGUCUCAGGAUGAUGGGAUGUCCUGGACAUGUGCAAAGUGCAAAAAGUUGAUCUCUCGGCCAGGAGACUUCGCAAUGCUGGAGGAUGAACGGCCAGAGCUGUUACGGGCUAUGAAGCAGGAGCACGAGGAUUGGCAUUUCGCAAUGUCUCUGCAAGAUGGGGGCGAAGGGAGCUCACACCCCUCUGAAUCCAAGAGACGUGCUCAGGGCAAGGCCACAGGGAGCCGAUCGAAAGAAAAGCCAAAGACUACCGUGAAGAAGAAAAAGGAGGGCAUCCAGGCGUUCUUUGGGCCCAAACGGCCAUGA